AUGUCGCCUGCUGCUAGCCCCCGCCCCGGCCGGGGGAUUCUCCGCAACGGCGUUUCAGCGAAGGCGAAGCAGCAGCAAAGCCCCAGCCCAGCAGCAGCAGCAGCAGCAGCAGCAGCAGCAGCAGCGGCGCCAGCAGCAGCAGCAGCAGCAGCAGAACGCGCAGGCAGCAGGCCCUCCAGGAGCUUCUUGAGUGUUGAAAAUAGCAUUUCAGGAUCUCCAAGAUGGAAAGAAAUGGAAAGAAAAACAAAAGUUGUAAAUUCAAAAAAACUUGAAUUUGGAUCUCGCAGCAGCAGGGGGCCCCCCGAGGGGCAGAGGGGCCCCCCGGGGAAGCAGGGGGCCCCCGAAGUUGCAGGAGAAGAAGGCGAAGGAAAGCUGAAGACGGGCCCCCCUGCUGCUGCAGCAGCAGCAGCUGCUGCUGCUGCUGCUGCUGCUGCAGCUGGUGCUGCAGCUGGUGCUGCAGCAGGCAGCAAGGAUCCAGCAGCAAGGAGCAGCAGCGGCUCUCGGGCCUCAGUUGCUUUUCCGAAGGAGGAAAAUGGAAUUGGAAAAGAACAAUUUAAAAAGUCCGACAGACUCAGCAAACUGCUUGCUGCAGCAGAAGAAGCAGCAGCAGCAGAAAAGAGAAAACGGAGAGAAAGCACGCAGCAGCUGCUGCGCAGCAGCCCGCUGGCAGCAGCAGAAAUGCAGCAGCUGCUGCUGGGGGAGAAGCGGCUGCCUGAGGAGCCCCCAGAAGCCCCAACUGAGGAAAAUGCAUGCAAAGAACUUCUAAAAGAUCAAAAAAAUGAAAUUAAAUGGAAAGUAAUGCCAGAAAUCCGCAAAAAGGACUUCUUGCUCAAGUACACCCCAGAGGCGCAAAGGCAGCAGCAGCCGCCCGCCAUCUUGAAUGUGGAAAGCGAAGGAAAUUCGGGAUUCAACUCCGAAAUUCUCCAAGAACUGUGCGACAAAUGGGUGGAGCCGUACCCGCAGUUUCGGGUAAGUUGA